CUCUGUCAUAGCUUCUGUUGUGUUUAUUUAUUGCUCCCCUUCCACUGCUGUUUGGUGCCGACAAGCUCAGCCUGUGCUUCUCUACCAGCUUGCACAGGUGGGUUAGAUUUACAUUAAUAAGCUUGGAAAGUAUUUGAGAGUGGGUGUUGAGAGGAGUAAUUAUUUUUUUUGUGCCUUUCAUAUAGAAGCUGGUGUUUGGGGGUUGAAGUCAGUAGUUUAUGGAGUGCUGCUUUUGAAACAAUGUUUGACAAACAUGAAAUCAGUGUGUGUCACUGACGAACCACCGCAGUGAAGAGCAAUUUGAGACACGAAAAGAAGGUGGUAGCUUCAGCGCAUGAGAGGAAGGCCAUGGGUUUUUUUCUAUGAACCUGGAAGUUGCAGUCCAGCCUAUGGGGAAGUGCACAUAAGAAUAGGAUAAAUAUGGCUUUUAAGGGUGAGGACCACUUAGAUUCCCUUCCGUUACCUGUUCAGCGCAUGCACUUAAUUCAAAUGGAUUCUGUUCAGCGAUGGAUGGAAGAUUUGAAGUUGAUGACAGACUGUGAAUGUAUGUGUAUUCUCCAGUCCAAGCCAAUCAGCAUUGAGAAGGAUGAACAAAAUGAACUUAUCCUUUCCUCACAAUAUAGCACAUGUGAUAACUUGCAGCUGCUAUUAAAAAGAGCUUGGAUCAUAAGCACAGAGUUGACCAGGAUUGCUCAAAAGCUAGAGAAGAAUAGAUGGCAGAGAGUCCACAGCAUGACAGUAAGAGUCAACUGUCAUGUACGUUCAAUGAUAAAUGAAUACAAUACAUUCACCAGGAAUUCUUCAGAAGAAAUGCACCAGUUUGAGAAACUUUUAAUAGACAAGUGCUCAGAAUUUACAGCAUUCACAGAAAGGUGCAUACAAACUGAAGAUGAACAGAUACUGAAGUCCAUGAAAUCUUCUAUUAGUGAAACGCUCACUAAUGUUGCUCAGUAUUUUGGCCAGUUGAUAGAGCUGGUUUUAACACAUGAGGCACAGAAUCUGCUGAGACAAAUAGAAUUGUCGGAUAGUAUGUACAUCACUGAGUCAGCGAUUAGUAGUUUAUUCAGCCUUACCCAGGAAGGUUCUCAUCUGUGCCGUAUCAUAGCUAAGGAAGGAGGUGUAGUUGCUCUCUUUAAGAUCUGUCGCCAGGAUUGUUUCAGGUGUCUUUAUCCCCAGACGCUGAGAACAUUGGCAUCCAUUUGCUGCGUAGAGGAAGGGAUGCACCAGCUGGAAAAGGUUGAUGGGAUACUGUGCCUGGCUGACAUUCUUACUGAUAACAGCCAUUCUGAAGCAACUCAUGCAGAAGCAGCAGCAGUAAUUGCACAGAUCACAUCUCCGCAUCUCAUGUUCACUCAGCAUCUCAGCAGCUUUCUGGAAAAUAUGGAAGAAAUUGUAACAGCACUUGUCAAACUGUGCCAAGAAGCCUCAUCUGGUGAAGUUUUCCUGCUGGCUUCAGCAGCUCUUGCCAAUAUUACUUUCUUUGAUACCAUGGCUUGUGAAAUAUUGCUCCAGUUAAAUGCGAUGAAGAUUCUUCUAGCAGCAUGUUCAGACAAACACAUAGUGGAUACUCCAUAUUCCAGAGAUCAGGUGGUAACAAUAUUGGCAAACAUGUCUGUCUUGGACCAGUGUGCUUCAGAAAUCAUUCAAGGAAAUGGUGUUCAACUUUUAAUGGAAAUGCUCUUUGAAAGAUCAUCUUCAGGAAAUUCAGCAGAAGUUGCUGCUUGUGAGCGAGUCCAACAGAAAUCUGCAGUUACGCUGGCACGACUCAGCCGAGAUCCUGAAGUGGCAGAUGCAGCCGUAAAACUCAGCUGUAUUCCUCGCCUAAUUAAACUUUGCAGAUCACCAACUGAAAGAAAUAACAGUGAUUCUGUUUUAGUGGCAUGUCUGGCAGCCCUACGGAGACUAGCAGUUAUGAGUCCUGAAGGACUCGAAGAUUCAGAUUUUCAGCAGCUAGUAAAGCCCAGACUUGUGGAUUCCUUUCUGCUAUGCACAAAUAUGGAAGAGAGCUUUGUAUAAAUGUGAGCCAAAAACCUUUGAAAAAUAAACAAAGUGAUAGGUAUACAAUAAGAUAAUACAUAUACAAUUCUAUUUAGUUUUAGUCCUAUUGUUAUUUAUGAUUUAUUUAUUUUAAAACCAUGAACACGUGGUUUGUAGGAGCAAAGAAACAGAAUGAGCAAACUUGUUUCAGUGGUUUGCAAAGGUCAUUUUUUAUUUUCUUUUCCUGCCAAGACACAUCAACAGACCUUAUCCCUGCAAUCUAACAAAACGUUGCCUUCUUUAAUGUAGUUGAAUCAAGGUAACAAAGCCAAGAAUUUGGUGCUCUGACGUUAAAUGCUUCUAAUAAUGUUUUAUCGCUGAUAUUUUUCUAGUUAGAACAUUUUGCAGUUUUUUUAUGAAAUGCUUUAGUCUCGUGCAUUUGCUCCAUUAGAAGUAAAAUAAUCCUUAAAGCUAGAAGUAUAUACUUUGAAAUGAAAGGGAUGUUACAGUCUGAGUCCAGUUCUUAAAUGUUAUUAUUUUUUAAUAGAUUAGCUGAGAAAUUUUUUCAGAAAAUUUUCAAAUACUGACUUGGAAUGAUGUUAGAGGACAUUCUUACGCUGUGGAAGUGAGCAUGUCCAGACAUGUUUUUAAUAUUCAAGCUACUACUUUUGUGAAAAGUUGCCCAUGCAUGCACUAAAUAAUCAGAACUUAUAAAUUAAUUGUAACUUGAAUUUCCAUUUUUCCAUUUUUCUAACUAGUCCUGUAUUUCUCAAACUGUGAAAUGGGAUGUUCAGGAGCUCUUGGAGUUGACAAAGGAGAUUUUACCACUGGAUAACAACAUAAAGAAUAGAGUUGAUUUAAAAAGAGAUUUUUUUUUCAUGAACAUUCCUCUUAAAAUAUACCAUUUUCUUUUCAUUAAGAAACUAUAUAAAUUUAAAAUUACUCAACCAGCAAUAUCUUGAGUGUUUUUCCCCCCAACUUCUCACAAAGCACUCUCUAGAUUAUGAAAGUACAUGUAUUUUUUUCCUUGAUGGCUUGCAUCUAUCGCUCUGGAUCAUUUUAUGAUCAGCAGCUUUAGGGUACUAGUAAAUCUGCCAAAAAAGCAAACACAUUUCUUCUUUACUGUACUUACUUUGUAGAUAUGCUAAGCAGCUUAAUUCAUUAAUGUUUAUUUAGUAUUAUGUGGUGUUUAGAUGAAAGGCACCAGGAAAUUGCUAAGCUGUGAUUGUCUUCCACAUUUUCUGUGUCUGAGGAAACUGUCCUGCUUCAAGCAGUGAUACAUGGCGGCUACUUUCUUCUCCCUUUGAGUAUAUGGGUUAAGAAGUCUCUGUCUUAACAUGAGUAUAUGGGUUAAGAAAUAUCUGUCUUAACAUUUCUUCCUUGUGAUCUCUUCAUUUAACUAUGAGCUCUAUCUUGACUGAAGUUUUAAAACAGAAAACAUACAAUGACCUCUGUCAUAAGCAACUACUCAAAGAUAAGCAUUGAAUCAGAUGUUUCACAGAUGUAAUUUUCUAGUAAGAGCAGACAUGAAUUCUGCUUUGUUUGCUAACUUUGAGACAGCUCCUUAAACCUCCGAGAUUGUUAAGAGGUAUGGUACUGUACAGCUUUAAAAAUGUUAUACAAGUGAUGGACUUUAACACUUUCCUCACUAAGCAGAAAUACAUGUAUGAACGAACCAUGGAUGCUUUAAAUAGUAACAUCAACAUUCUUGGUAUAAACAAUGAAGUCAUAAAUCUCAUAAAAAAUGAACUCAAUAAGAUCCCGUUGCUAUCAAGCUGAUAGCGUGAUAAUCCCUAAUAGUACACAUAUCAAAUUCUGUUGUGAAUGUGCUGUACCAAACCUCAUUCUGUCAGCUGCAACUAACACCAGAGACAGGAGUUUUUAGAUGGGGUAGGGUUUAUCUCAUAAUAGGUAAACUUAAAAUCUCAUUUUAAAAAAACGUCCAUACAUGUAAAGUGAACUGAAGUAGCUAUUAAGAAAAUUCCAUUAUGACUCAUAAUGCUUUAAAACCAUUUCUAACAGGUCAAUCAAAUAUUCAGUGAGCAGGCCAGUAGCAAUGAAUGAGUCUAAUUUUCUCUUAGAUACAAUAAUGUGAAUCCACAUCAAUUGAUUUUACUACAGAUACUCUCAAUCUGUAAAUGUGUGGCCAUAACUCUAGGCCCAUAUUGUCCAUUUACGUUUGUUCAUAUUAUGAAUGUGGCUGUUUGCAUUACAGAAACAAAAUACAUUUAGGUGGAUCUCAUAUUUGCAGUAGAAAAAUAUAUCUUGAAAGAGCCAGUUCAGACCUGUUAUCACCUAAGUGUCACUGAAACCAUUUUUGCUAGGUCUGAAUCUCUCACCUAAAGUUGUGCACUUUAUUUUUGUAUAUGCUAAAGUUUAUGAGAAAAUAAACAUAACUCUUCCUUUCCUCUUAAUUAACUUGGAAAUAAAAAGUCAUUAAAAAUACUGAGAUAUUAUUUUCUCAUUACUUCUGAAUGAAUUCUGGAUUACAAAUGUUUGCUUUGAAAGUGACUUCUCAGUUUUUAAACCAAAAAAAGAGAAACAGUUUAAGCCAGAAUAAACAUGUUUGAUUUCAAUGUAGUAUGAAACAAAAUAUUUUGUGUCAAAAGAUUUUCACUAAAACAUGCAUUUUGGUGGAUCAAUCUUUGGACUCCCUGUAUAUAUACAUAUAGAGUUAGUAGAGUGAGGUAGACAGUAUGUGUAAUACAUUUACAUGUCAAUUCAUAUAUGUGGACUCAUUGACCUGUAGAGACUGCAUGUAGGUUAGAUAUUAGCUUAAUCAUUCUGGAAACGGAAUGUUAUGCUUAUCAGAAAUAUUGUAGUUUCAUUUAUAUUUUUCUGAACAUUUUAGAUUUUAUAUGAGAUUAGAAAUGUUAGACAAACUUGCAGUGAACUGCAGGAUUCUUUGUAACUUUGAUUUACAUUCCAGUGACUUUGGACAAUGUGUUCAAAUUUCACCUUUAGUUUGAACUGUUUACAGAUAUUUGGGGCCCAGAUGUUUCAUUCAUAGAAUAAAUUUUUUUUCCCAGUUCA